AUGUCUAACGAAUCGGAUCUCGUUCACCUUAAACGGCGUCGCUCGAUUAUCAAAUCCUCGUGCACGCGUAUAAAAACAUACGUUGAGUCAAUUUCUAUCGUCAACUCAGUAGUUAUCUCGCAACUUGAAGAACGCAAAAUCAAGCUAGAUCAGUACUGGCAAGAAUACGAUAACGUACAGACUCAAAUUGAAAUAAUCGAAGAAAUCGAGGAUAAUGAUCGAGCCGCCUUUGAGGAAGCAUUUUACAAUCUAUCCGCAAAAAUACGGAAUCUAUUACGAUCUACCGUGGUUUCGCAUCCUAACGUAACUAUCUCUCCGUCGCCUUCCAACGCCUCUGAUGCGUCACCAGCAUCGUGCAACGUUCGACUCCCGAAACUCGACCUGCCAAAGUUUUCCGGACGGUAUGACGAAUGGUUCCCCUUUUAUAACGCAUUUUUGUCAGUCAUUCACUCGAACGCGUCACUCAAUGAUAUCCAUAAAUUGCAGUAUUUGAGAGCCGCGAUAACGGGUGAAGCACACGAACUAAUCUGCGCGCUCGAAAUGUCUGACGCGAAUUACGAAGUCGCGUGGAGUCUCCUAAAGGAAAGAUACGACAACAAGCGUCUUGUUGUAGAAAAUCACCUCAAGGCCAUCGUUGGCCUGCCAAGCAUGACCAAGGAAAACGCAAUCGAACUCCGUCAAAUCACGCACGGCACGACUCGCCAUAUGCAGGCCCUAAAAGCAUUGAAGCGUCCAGUACAUGAAUGGGACGACCUAUUAAUACAUAUAUUAGUUUCAAAACUUGACCCAACUACCUCGCGAGAAUGGAAGAUGACCUUAACCGGCGAUGUGCUGCCUACCUUAAGACAACUGCUCAAGUUCUUGUCCCAUCGCUGUCAAGUCCUCGAGUCAUCAAGUCGGUCGUCUAACUUAUCCGGUAAAGCCACAAGUUUGCGUGCACACUCUAAUGAUAAACAAAAGCUUUCUUGCAACGCGGUUACUAAGUCAAAAUGUGACGUCUGUCAGGGGGAGCAUUCAAUUCACCAAUGCAAACAAUUCUUAUCACUAACUAUUCCCAAACGAAUAGAAAGCGCCCGUCGUCAUAAGAUUUGUCUCAAUUGCCUUAAAGCGGCCAACCACAGCUCGAGUCAAUGCCCUUCCGGCAACUGUAGAAUAUGCUCACGCAAACACAAUACGCUUUUACAUCUGCAAGAUGAAAACAGUACAGGCAAUAAGCCUAAACAGGAAGACCAUGCCACUGAACCCACCGCCACAGCGGUAGUAACACAUUCCUCCAGUGUCGCACCAACCAAUAACGUGCUUUUAUCCACCGCGGUAUUGCUCGCUGACGGUCGUGGCAAAUCUCAACGUCCUUGUCGCGCUUUGCUGGACUCGGGCUCCCAAGUUAAUUUCGUCACCAAGGACCUCGUAGCGUCGCUAGGCCUAACCCCUCGUUUAGCAGACACGGCCAUAUCCGGCAUAAAUGGCACCACUACGCAAGCAUCUCAAACAGUCCAGAUUACCUUGCACUCCAGAUUAAACUCCUUUUCGAUGGACAUUGACUGCAUCGUCACAGAUCAGAUUACCGAUUAUCUGCCGACCUUCACUCUCGAACGCUCGGCCUUCAACAUACCACGCAACUUACCUUUGGCCGACCCCAAAUUCAAUAUAUCCUCUAAGAUAGAUGUACUAAUCGGUGCCGAAACAUUUUGGAAGAUUUUAUGCAUAGAUCAAAUAAAGGCUUCCCCCAACCACCCCAUCCUACAAAAGACAAGGUUGGGCUGGGUCCUAGCUGGUAAAUGCGAUACUCCUAGUCCCCGGUCCAGUGUCGUUAAAUCAUUUCACGCUUCAGUCACCAACGCAAGGCUUCACGAUCAAUUGAACAAAUUUUGGGUAAUAGAUACCUUUAAAGACGGAUCAAGUAAUUAUACUCUCCAAGAAAAGGUCUGUGAAAAACAUUUUGUAGAAACAGUUACAAGGAACGAUCAAGGCAGGUACGUAGUUAAGUUACCCGUCAAACAAGAAGUGCUUGAUAACCUUGGCGAUUCCAGAGAAAUGGCGUUGAGGCGACUACAUUCAUUAGAGAGGCGUUUUCGUAACAAUUCUCAUUUAAAGCUACAGUAUUCGGCCUUCAUGAGCGAGUACCUUGCGUUGGGGCACAUGAAGCCGAUAGACGAGGAUCCGUCUAGCCUACGAGCUGCAUACUACUUACCGCACCAUUGCGUAUUGAAAGAAGAUGCCAAAACUACCAAACUUCGUGUAGUAUUUGAUGGUUCUUGCAAAACUAAUACUGGCGUCUCUCUAAUCGAUUGUUUAAUGACAGGACCAGUUGUCCAACAGGAUUUAAUAUCCAUCCUCAUGUGUUUUCGCACCUUUCGAUACGCAAUGGUUGCGGAUAUAAUUAAAAUGUACAGGCAAGUCCUGAUUCAUCCCUCGCAGACGCAUUUGCAACGGAUAUUGUGGCGUGAGGAACCUUCUUUAAACGUCACACCCUUUGAAUUAACCACCGUCACUUACGGUACGACAUCAGCCUCCUACUUGGCUACUCGCUGUCUACAAGAUUUGGCUGAACGAUACAUGUCGGUUUUUCCCGUGGGGUCGCUACAUCUCAAACGCGACUUUUAUGUCGACGAUCUCCUUACGGGAGCCGAUUCAAAGUCCGAAGCCAAAUUCAUUCGGGAUCAAAUAUUGCAACUAUUAAAAUUAGGAAACUUUGAGUUGAGCAAGUGGGCGUCCAACUGCCCUGAGCUCUUACAUGGAAUAAACAAUCAAGGCGAAAAACUCAUAUCUCUGGACUUAGACUCAGAUUUCAAGCUGUUAGGAAUCCUGUGGGACAGAGACAACGACACUUUCCUCUUUUCUCAUGACUCCACUCAAUUAUCGCAAACCGUGACCAAACGUUCUCUACUAGCCGAGGUGUCGAGACUAUUUGACCCUCUAGGUUUAUUAGGCCCAAUCAUUGUGAUAGCCAAAAUCUUGCUGCAAGAUUUAUGGCAGGCCGGCACCAAUUGGGAUGAAUCAAUCCCCCAAGAAAUCCACACCAGAUGGAUACAAUUUAGAUUGCAGCUCCCUAACCUCACGCGCGUUCGAAUACCUCGUUGCGUCAAGCAACACACUGAUUCAAAAUUCAUACAACUUCACGGUUACUGCGACGCAAGCCAACGCGCAUACGGUGCCUGCGUGUAUAUUCGCACUCGAAUGCCUUCAAAUGAAUACCAAUCACACUUGCUUUGCUCGAAAUCUCGAGUCGCCCCACUCAAGGCCAUAUCUCUGCCGCGCCUCGAAUUAUCAGCAGUACUGCUGUUGUCCCAAUUAGUCAAUAAAAUCAAAUCAUCAAUAGACCUAAAGGACAUCAAGAUCUGGCUUUGGUCGGACUCCACUAUCACGCUUAAUUGGUUUACGUCCCCGUCGCGCAAAUGGUCCACUUUCGUCGCGAAUCGCGUUGUAGAAAUCCAAGAUCUAACCAAAACAAGCAGUUGGCGACACGUCGCGUCGACUGAUAACCCAGCAGACUUGCUGUCCCGAUUGUUAACCAAUGAUCUAAUAAAUUCCGAAAUUUGGUGGCAUGGUCCCUCCUAUCUAAAACUACCUGAAAAUCAAUGGCCAAGUGGUAACUUUGAUCUCAUCGCGAAUGACAUGCCUGAACAAAAAAAACAGACCAACGUGGCUCUAGCCAUGGAUGGCAGCAUCACAAAUGACUUACUCAACAGGACCUCCAGCCUCAAUAAGGCCUGUAGAAUAUUAGCAUACUGCCUCAGAUUCUUGAAACCCAACACUGUACCAAAACCAUCCAUUACUGUCAAUCCAACUGAGAUCUCCAACUCUCUCGAUCUAUUUUGUAGAAUCGCUCAAAGGCAAGCGUUUCCCAACGAAUAUAAGGCUCUAAAAGGAAAUCAAGACCUAUGCGCGUCUAGUUCGCUACUUUGUCUAUCUCCCUUUAUGACUGAUGACGAUUUAAUCCGAGUAGGAGGCCGAUUGGGAAACUCCACAAUGAAAUUCGACGCGUGCCAUCAAAUCGUGUUACCUAAAAGCCACAUAGUGACUAAACGCGUAAUAGAAUACAAACACUUACGCAACUUCCACUCAGGCGUAUUAGCAACCAUGGCUGCUGUUCGGCAAAGAUUUUGGCCCCUGUCUCUAAAAUCUACUACCAGAAUCGUCAUAAGACAAUGCGUCACGUGCUUUAAAGCUCGACCAACCUUUUCAGAAACUCUAAUGGGCCCAUUACCCGCUCCUAGAGUCACUGUGUCUCGCCCAUUUUCACACUGCGGGAUCGACUAUGCGGGACCAAUGACAUUGCGAGAGGGCAAGCGUCGUAAUUCGCGAAACCAUAAAGCCUACGUCGCCGUGUUUGUGUGCUUUGCCACUAAAGCCAUCCAUUUGGAAUUAGUAAGCGAUCUAACCACCGACGCAUUUAUCGCCGCGUUCAAAAGGCUCAUUUCCCGAAGGGGCAAACCAACCUGCAUGUAUUCGGACAACGCGACUACUUUUGUCGGUGCACAAAGACUGAUCAAAGAACUCUACGAUUUUAUCAAAACCCCUCAAUUCAAGUCAGUCACUGAAAACUUUUUGCGCGAACAUCAAAUAACUUGGAACUUAAUUCCACCCAACGCUCCUCAUUUCGGCGGGCUUUGGGAGGUGGCGGUAAAGUCAGCUAAAUUUCAUUUAACUCGAAUAGUCGGCGGAGUCCACUUGACAUUUGAAGAAAUGCAGACAACAUUUUGCGAAAUUGAAGCAAUAUUAAAUUCUAGACCAUUAUCACCUCUAAGCUCCGAUCCUAACGACAUGACAUUUUUAAGCCCGGGACACUUUCUGGUUGGUGCUCCUCUGAACAGUCUUCCUUCCACAGAUUUAAGUGAAGUUAAGGUGAAUUUGCUAUCUAGAUGGCAAUUAAUCGAACAAUUGAGACAACAUUUUUGGUCAAGGUGGAGCAGGGAGUACCUGUCGUCCCUGCAGGAAAGGAAUAAAUGGAGGCUAUCCAAGGGUACUCAGUUACAAACUGGUCAACUGGUGUUGGUAAAACAACCUGGAAUGGCUCCCUUGUAUUGGUUAACCGGCAGAAUAGAAAAGGUGUACGAAGGAGCCGACGGCAUGGCUCGGUCAGCCCUAGUAAAAACAAGCAAAGGUUCUUAUGUUAGACCCUUAAUUAAGUUAGCCAUACUGCCCAUUCAACCCAGCGAUUCGUCGCAAUGA